GUUGCACCGCCGGAAGUGGCGAAGUGCGGCGGCGGGAGGAGGUGGGUGAGAAGGGACCAAGUUCCUUCCCGGAGUUACCAGGGCGUUCGCCGAGGUAGUGUGUCGUGACGGGAGGACUUGCGGACUUUGGCGCAGCCUGCACCUGCUGCUCUCAACACCCGGCAGGAAAAAGCCGGCCUCCAGUAUGCGACCUAGUGCCAGAGAAUAACAGUUUAGAGGGUCAACAUGUUUUCGAACUUGAGGAAGUUUGGAGUAAAUCAUAAUAAAAUACGCAUCCUGCACAUUAAUAAUAUGUGUUGCUCUAAAAUAAAAUCAAGUUUAAAAAGAUUAAAGCCAUAUGUGCCUCUUGGAAGAAACUACAGCUCUCUACCAGGUUUAGUUGGAAAUGAUAUCAAAUCUCUUCAUUCCAUCAUCAGUCCUCCCAUAGCUAAAAUCCGUAAUAUUGGAAUUAUGGCUCAUAUUGAUGCAGGCAAAACUACCACCACAGAAAGAAUAUUGUACUAUUCUGGAUACACAAGAUCACUAGGAGAUGUUGAUGAUGGAGACACGGUGACAGAUUUCAUGGCUCAAGAGCGAGAAAGAGGCAUUACUAUUCAGUCUGCUGCUGUUACCUUUGAUUGGAAGGGGUAUAGAGUCAAUCUAAUUGAUACACCAGGUCAUGUGGACUUUACCUUGGAGGUUGAGCGCUGCCUUAGAGUAUUGGAUGGUGCAGUAGCUGUGUUUGAUGCCUCUGCUGGUGUAGAGAGAGCGAGAGCACGAGCAGGGCGAAAUCUUAACAUUUUUAACUCUAGUUAUUUUGCUUUCUGCAGUUUUAAGUAUGCAGUUGAAAGCAUCAGAGAGAAGUUGAAGGCAAAGCCUUUGCUUUUACAGUUACCACUUGGUGAAGGCAAAGCUUUCAAAGGAGUUGUGGAUGUUGUAAGUAAAGAAAAACUUCUUUGGAAUCGUAAAUCAGAGGAUGGAAAAAACUUUGAGAGGAAACCCCUUUUGGAAAUGAGUGAUGCUGAGUUGCUGAAGGAGACAACUGAAGCAAGGAACGCCUUAAUUGAACAGGUUGCGGAUUUGGAUGAUGAAUUUGCUGACUUGGUUUUAGGAGAAUUUAGUGAAAAUUUUGAUUUGCUACCAGCUGAAAAGCUACAGACUGCAAUACACAGAGUAACACUGGCUCAGACAGCAGUGCCUGUGCUUUGUGGAAGUGCCCUGAAAAACAAAGGGGUCCAGCCCUUGUUAGAUGCUAUUACCAUGUACUUGCCUUCACCCGAAGAGCGCAACUAUGAAUUUCUGCAGUGGUAUAAGGGUGACUUAUGUGCCCUGGCAUUUAAAGUUCUUCAUGACAAGCAGCGGGGACCACUGGUGUUUAUGCGCAUUUACUCAGGCAUGAUAAAACCCCAGUCGGCCAUCUAUAAUAUUAAUGGAAACUGCACGGAGAGAAUAAGUCGUCUCCUUUUGCCAUUUGCUGACCAACAUAUAGAAAUCCCUUCACUGACUGCUGGUAACAUUGCUUUGACUGUUGGUCUUAAACAUACUGCCACUGGGGACACCAUUGUGUCAUCCAAGUCCAGUGCAUUAGCUGCAGCUCGUCAAGCCGAAAGGGAAGGAGAAAAGAAGCCUAGACAAAACAGUGAAGCAGAGAGACUUUUAUUGGCUGGGGUGGAAAUUCCAGAACCUGUUUUCUUCUGUACCAUAGAGCCCCCUUCAGUGGCUAGGCAGCCAGAUUUGGAUUAUGCACUGAAAUGCCUUCAGCGUGAAGAUCCCAGUUUGAAAGUGAAGCUGGAUCCUGAUUCUGGACAGACUGUCCUCUGUGGUAUGGGGGAGCUACAUAUCGAGAUUAUUCAUGACCGAAUCAAGAGGGAAUAUGGACUGGAAACCUAUCUAGGGCCUCUCCAGGUGGCAUACCGAGAGACCAUCCUAAAUGCAGUUUAUGCCACAGAUACCUUAGAUAGAACUUUAGGAGACAAACGGCAUCUUGUGACUGUAGAACUGGAAGUAAAACCAAUUGAAACAUCCUCUGUUACGCCAGUUAUCAAGUAUGCUGCAGGUGUUAGUGAAGACCUUCUGAAGGUCUCCCAAGAGGCCAUUGAAAAUGGAAUUCACAGUGCAUGCCUCCAAGGACCAUUGCUCGGAUCCCCAGUUCAAGAUGUGGCCAUUACCUUACAGUCGCUGAUCAUUCGUCCUGGUACCUCCACGACGAUGAUUUCUGCCUGUGUGUCGAGAUGCUUACAACAGGCUCUGAAGAAAGCUGAUAAGCAAGUUUUAGAGCCCCUGAUGAAUCUCGAGGUGACAGUGACGAGAGAUUACCUAAGCCCUGUUCUGGCAGAUCUGGCACAAAGAAGAGGAACCAUUCAGGAAAUCCAGACUCGUCAGGAAAACAAAAUUGUUACUGGAUUUGUUCCCUUAGCAGAGAUUAUGGGUUAUUCAACUGUGCUUCGAACGCUUACCUCUGGCUCGGCUACUUUUGCCUUAGAACUCUCUAAUUAUCAAGCCAUGAAUCCUCAAGACCAAACUACACUGCUCAGCCGGCGAAGUGGCUUGACCCAGGUGCUUUAGGUCUUUGGAGACAACCUCACAAGCACUUUCAGAAAUUUUGUGAAAUGUUCUUAAGGAAGAGGGUCUGAGCCCAAAGCUCCACCAUUCUCCAACAGCCUGAAAUCCAUGGAACUGGAGUAUAGACUUCCUUGCGUCUUACAAUGGAAAGGCCCAUCAAAAGAGGAUAUGAUACAAGGUUAAUGCAGUCAAGGGGCUUUAAAAUUUAGGGUGUAAAUAUAGGGUGUUAUAGGGGCACCUAGGUGGCUCAGGUCAGGAUCCCAGGGUCCUGGGAUCGAGCCCCGCAUUGGGCUCUGCGGGA